UCAAAAAUAUCCAAAUUUCUUUCUCAAAAUUCCUCCUUAUUACUCUCAGAUAAAACUCCGGCAACACUCAACCUAAAUUUCCUCUUCACCUCGCCGGAACUCCGACGAUCUCCUCCCAACUCCGAUCAUUGGAACCCUAAAGAAACCUCGAAAUUCGUGCCAAAAUUUGCACAACAUGGGGAAUAAGAUCGCGAAAACAACGCAAGCAUCAGCGAUGGAGUAUUACCUACACGACUUACCGUCAUCGUAUAAUUUAGUACUGAAAGAAGUACUAGGUCGAGGUCGAUUUUUGAAAUCGAUUUUGUGUAAACAUGAUGAAGGACUUGUACUUGUUAAGGUGUAUUUCAAGAGAGGAGAUUUCAUUGAUUUACGUGAAUAUGAACAUCGUUUAUCGAAAAUAAGAGAUAUAUUUGCCUCACUUGAUCAUCCGCAUGUUUGGCCUUUCCAGUUCUGGCUUGAAACAGAUAAAGCUGCUUAUUUGUUGAGACAAUACUUCUUUAACAAUCUUCAUGAUCGUCUUAGUACCCGACCUUUCCUAUGUCUUGUUGAGAAGAAAUGGCUUGCUUUCCAGUUGCUUUAUGCAGUGAAGCAGAGUCAUGAACAUGGAGUGUGUCAUGGUGAUAUCAAGUGUGAGAAUGUGUUGGUAACGUCUUGGAACUGGCUUUAUCUUGCAGACUUUGCGUCAUUCAAACCCACCUAUAUUCCACAUGAUGAUCCUUCUGAUUUUUCCUUCUUCUUUGAUACUGGUGGACGAAGGCGAUGUUAUCUUGCACCCGAGAGAUUUUAUGAGCAUGGAGGUGAGAUACACGUUGCACAAGAUGCUCCUUUGAAGCCAUCUAUGGACAUCUUUGCUGUUGGGUGUGUUAUUGCUGAGCUUUUCCUCGAGGGCCAGCCAUUAUUUGAAUUAUCUCAACUGCUUGCUUAUCGCAGAGGACAACACGAUCCCAGUCAACUUCUGGAAAAGAUUCCAGAUUCAGGAAUCCGGAAGAUGAUUCUUCAUAUGAUUCAAUUGGACCCAGAGUCACGGUGUUCUGCUGAAAGCUACCUGCAGAACUAUGCAGGAGUUGUGUUCCCAAACUACUUCUCGCCAUUCCUUCAUAAUUUCUAUUCCUUGUUGAAUCCCCUUAAUUCCGAUGCAAGGGUGCUGAUAUGCCAAACCUCUUUUCAUGAGAUCCUUAGACAAAUGAUGAAUGAUAAGCCUGGUAACAGGAACUUCCCUGCUGUGAGUCCACAUUCAGUUUCUCUCUGUCAAACACAUCAAGAGAAUGAUAUGAAUAGAAAUCUGAAUUCAGUGAAGGGCUCACCGAACAACAGAAAAGAGAUGGAGAAGGGCUCAACUCAUGAUCGUUUUGAUCUGCUUGGCAACGUGAACACUUUGCUCAGGGAUGUGAAACAAAAUAAUCAAUGUUCUGUUGUGAAGCCAGUGCUAGAAGGUAUAGCCAAUACAGCAGAUUCUCAGAAGCAAAGACAAUGUCACAUCCAAUCACCAGGUGAAGAAAUCCCAGUCAGCUCCAUUUCUUUCAAGAGAAGUCACCAUCCAUUAAAAAAGAUCACCAUGGAAGAUUUGACUUUGUUGAUGUCUGACUAUGAUAAUCAGUCAGACACUUUUGGAAUGCCUUUCUUACCACUUCCUGAAGAUGUAAUGAGCUGUGAAGGAAUGGUGCUGAUAGCCUCACUGUUGUGUUCCUGCAUACGUAAUGUCAAAUUGCCUUUUAUGAGGAGAGGUGCUGUAUUACUGUUGAACUCUUGUUCCUUGUACAUUGAUGACGAAGAUCGGUUGCAACGAGUACUUCCACAUGUGAUAGCGAUGCUUUCGGAUCCAGCUGCAAUUGUUCGUUGUGCUGCUGUAGAGACUUUAUGUGAUAUUCUUCCUUUGGUUAGAGAUUUUCCUCCAAGCGAUGCCAAAAUUUUUCCCGAGUACAUUCUCCCUAUGCUUUCCAUGCUUCCUGAUGACCCAGAGGAGAGUGUUAGGAUUUGUUAUGCCAGCAAUAUAUCAAAGCUUGCACUAACUGCUUAUGGUUUUCUGAUUCACUCAAUAAGCUUGAGUGAGGCAGGUGUUCUAAAUGAAACAAAUUCAUCCCAGAAUUCAUCUAUGUCGACCUCAGGCCAACCAGUACGGCCACAGAGUCUAAAUAGUGAUACACAACUUGGUCAAUUAAGGAAGUCAGUUGCUGAGGUUAUUCAAGAACUCGUGAUGGGCCCAAAGCAAACUCCAAACAUCAGGAGAGCACUUUUGCAAGAUAUUGGUAACCUUUGCUGGUUUUUUGGGCAAAGGCAAAGUAAUGACUUCCUGUUGCCCAUUCUCCCUGCUUUUCUGAAUGAUAGAGAUGAGCAGCUCAGGGCAGUAUUUUAUGGGCAAAUCAUAUAUGUCUGUUUUUUUGUUGGACAAAGAAGUGUUGAAGAAUAUCUUUUGCCGUACAUUGAGCAGGCAUUGACUGAUACAACUGAGGCUGUAAUUGUCAAUGCACUAGAUUGCAUGGCCAUUCUCUGCAAAAGUGGCUUUCUGCGCAAGAGGGUCCUACUUGAAAUGAUAGACCAUUCUUUCCAUUUGUUGUGCUACCCUAGCCAAUGGGUAAGGAGGUCAGCUGUCACCUUUAUUGCUUCAAGCAGUGAGAGCUUAGGAGCAGUUGAUUCUUAUGUUUUUCUUGUCCCAGUAAUAAAGCCCUUCCUUCGCAGGCAGCCAGCAUCUCUAGCUUCAGAGAAAGCUCUACUUUCGUCCCUGAAGCCAUCAGUUUCAAAAGAACUCUACUAUCAGCUUGUUGAAAAUGCAAAGAGUUCAGAUAUGCUGGACAGACAAAGAAAGAUAUGGUACAAUUCACCACCUUUGUCAAAACAAUGGGAAGCUGUAGAUUUACUUGAGAGAAGUUGCAGUGAGUUGGAUCGAAUGAAACACUGGUCUGGGAGAAAACAUGAUUUUCCAGGUUAUAAAUCUGCUAGUGAUUUAACAAAACCAAUUGAUUUUACUGAUUGUGAUGAUAAUCAAACCAAGGUGAAAGCUGUGGGUAGCUUAAUACAAGAUCCUUCAAGCAUAAUGGAUAGCGGUGAUCGCCUCCCUUCAGAAAAAUUGCAGCUAUCUGGCUUUGUGUCUCCACAAGUCAGUGGUAUGAGCAGCUUUAUUGAUAAAUCACCUGAAGGCAUUCCUUUGUACUAUUUUAAGGAGGAUAACAAGAGACCAGCAGGCACUGGUACAGCAGCCUCUGAAUCCCCAUUUCCAUAUACUCCAUUUGGAUUUGGUUCUUCAUCCUUGCCUUGGAUGGAUCCUGUGAACAAGUCAUUUAACUUGGCAAAUUCAGUUCCAGCACCUAAGCUUGUCUCAGGUUCAAUAAGCAUUGGCAAUAGCUCCACACUGUUGCGGAGAGUUGUACAUGAAGUGGAAGACAGGGAAGCUGAUCAAACGGCAUAUGUGAAUAACAAGUUUCAGGACAUUGGGUCUGGCGCAUCUAAAAUGGCUUCCCUAACAAUGGAAGACAACACAGCCGCAACAGAUAGAACUGAUUUGUCAUCUUUUGCCAGAACAUCUAUGAUUACUGAUUCAGGAUGGAGGCCUCGUGGGGUUUUGGUUGCUCACCUCCAAGAGCACCGUUCUGCUGUCAAUGAUAUAUCCAUUUCAGCAGACCACAGUUUUUUUGUUAGCGCAUCUGACGAUUCUACUGUUAAGGUUUGGGAUUCGAAAAAGCUGGAGAAGGAUAUCUCAUUCAGGUCAAGGUUAACUUAUUCUUUAGAUGGAAGCCGAGCUUUAUGUGUUACAGUGCUCCAAGGUUCUGCUCAAGUUGUUGUCGGAGCAUGUGAUGGAACAAUACAUAUGUUCUCUGUUGAUUAUAUCUCCCGAGGACUCGGUAAUGUUGUCGAGAAGUAUUCUGGUAUUGUUGAUGUGAAAAAGAAUGAAGUGGGAGAGGGUGCUGUUGCAAGCCUCUUGAACUAUUGUUCAGAUGUUGGUGCCUCAAAAAUGAUUUUGUACAGCACUCAGAAUUGUGGGCUCCAUCUGGUGGACACCAGAACAAGUUCACAUGCCUGGAACACCAAAGUUUAUCCCAAAGAGGGUUAUAUAUCAUCUCUAGUUGCAGGGCCUUGUGGAAACUGGUUUGUAUCAGGUUCCUCAAGAGGUGUACUUACACUUUGGGAUUUGAGGUUCUGCAUGCCAGUUAACACGUGGCAAUAUUCUCUUGCCUGCCCAAUCGAGAGAAUGUCUCUUUUUCUUCCUCCUCCUAGUACCUCAUUGUCUGUAGCGGCAAGACCCCUUGUUUAUGUUGCAGCAGGUUGUAAUGAAGUCUCUCUCUGGAAUGCAGAGAAUGGGAGCUGCCAUCAGGUCUUGAGGGUAGCAAACAAUGAGAAUGAGGCUGAGAACUCCGACUUACCUUGGGCUUUAACGAAGCCGUCAAAUAAGGCUAAUCCUAAACAAGAUCUAAGAAGAAAUACUGGUUCGAAGUACCGAGUUGACGAAUUGAGUGAACCGCCACCUCGCCUUUCUGGCAUUCGUGCAUUGCUUCCAUUACCUGGUGGUGAUUUGUUAACAGGGGGUACUGACUUAAAAAUACGUCGUUGGGACCAUUGCAGUCCGGAACGAAGUUAUUGUGUUUGCGGACCAUCUAUAAAAGGAGUAGCUAAUGAUGAUUUUUAUGAGACAAAAUCUAGCUUUGGCGUACAAAUAGUGCAGGAGGCAAAGAGGAGACCUUUGGCCACCAGAUUAACGGCAAAGGCAAUCCUUGGAGCUGCUGCUGUUGAUGCGGCGGGAUGUCACCGUGAUUGUAUUCUCUCUUUGGCUUCCGUAAAACUAAAUCAGAGACUUCUGAUAUCAGGCAGCAGAGAUGGAGCUGUUAAGGUUUGGAAGUAAAACCACCAAACAAUGUAGUGCAGAUGAGGCUGCUCGUCUCUCAACCAUAGUCUCGGGUUCGAAUCUUGGAUAGGAAGUGCUUCCCUGAAUGGGCCCUAUGCAGCGAAUACGGAAACCGGAAAAAAAAAAAAUUAGGAUGCAGAGGAACCUUGACAUGUUGUAUAUAUAUUAUUGUGUACAUAUAUGUAGUCUCUUUACUCUUCAAAAAUGAUUUAUUAGAAUGUACAGAAGAUUAGGGCGGGCAUAUUUUGGUUUAAGCCGAACUUUUAAUUUCGGAUCGGUUUCGGUUUUUAAUUUUUGAAAUUCGAUUAAA